AGACAGUGUUAUAAAUAGCAAGAAUAUCGGCUAGCUGAGCAGAAAUAAAUGGUCAUCACUUCAUCCCAUGGACCAGAGAAAGAAGGACCAUCUGAUAACGGGCUUAUCUUCUAUGGAUCCGGAGGGCUUCCCUUUCGGGUCUACGUAGAACAAGGAGAACCAGAGCCGAGGACUGCAGGGUUCGGGUCAAGAUGAACGGGACAGAAGGACCUCCUGAGGGCUGAGCGCGGAACGUUAAGGCGCGGAGAUGUGGCCAAGCACAGCUCUUCAAGUCUUAGACGUUUUCGUCAUUUUGACCGCUAUGACGACGGUCGCGUCAGAGUUGGGAACUGGUGAGGUCCCUGGGGACAUCGGUCACUCAACGGACGAUAAAACGGAGGAAAAAUACGACCCUACCGCAUCCUCAACCGUAGAAACGCUCCUUGAGGAAUAUUUCAAGGUGCAGGAUUCGAGCUCGGCAAAGUCGAUGAGGGACGAGGCGAUCCCUUCAACGUUGUCCUCCGGCACUGAUUACGUGAUAGAUAAUUCAGCGACGGAUGUGGAAGCGACUAAACUUACCCUAGACUUGAGCACGCGAGAUUUUGAUCACCAGGAAUAUGCCGUACUGUCGCAGGAUCAACAAAACGAAAUUCUUGCCGGCGAUCCGAGUGACUUAGACUCGGAGAAUCGAGGAUUUUCCGAACCAGCAAACAACUCCAGCGUUUCUUUCUUCGUCUCGGAGGUUAACACAGAAUGGACUGCGUCUCCAGGACUCGAUAAAAUUCUGCUGCCCGAAAACGUGAGAGCGAUAUCCUUUCAAAUCCCUGCAUCCAUGGGCACAAAUGAAAGAGAUCCCGUAGGUGGCGAACGCAAAAGUAUCUCUGAUUUCGGUGCCGAGAUUAAAAAACCACUCACAGAUUCCGAGGAAAUCAGACGGACUUCCGGGUCCAAAGGAUCCCACUCAAAGACAAUUUUCAAUGGGUUUAAUCUCAAGAGAAAGAGCAGUGAUCAUUCGGGACAGCAAAAAAACCAGAUCAUCCCAAAGACUUCGAAGGCAUUCUACGAAAUUAAAUCCUCGAUGACUACUGAGGCCGUCAUUGACGCUGACAAUUUCCAGGAUCUCAGCACUCACGCAAACGUACGAAAGUUUAUUUUUCCGACCAUACCAUGGAUGGCCAGUGCCAUGGGAAAAUAUGGACCUUAUUUCGAGGACGGACCUGAAGACACAAAUAUCACUGCCAGAAUCGGAUCGACGGUACUUCUCGACUGUAAAAUUGGAAUGCUGCACGACAAAACGGUGACCUGGGUGCAGCACAUCAAGGACUCGAUUCACCUUCUAACCGUUGCCAGACAGGUUUACAGCGCCGAUCAACGAGUCAGCCUCAGUUUUCGGUAUCCCAGUAACUGGAGGCUUCAGAUACAGUACGCAUCGCUGAGGGAUUCUGGUCUUUACGAAUGCCAAGUCGCGACGCAUCCACCUAGGAUAAAAAAAAUAAACUUGAUCGUAACUGCACCGGUCUUAACAAUAGUCGACGAUGCUGGAAGAGUCGUCGCUGCUGGGGAAAGACACCUCAAAGCCGGAAGUGUUUUGAAGCUCAGCUGUGAGGCCAGAGAUGUUCGCGAAGACGAGGGCGAGUCUCUUGUGUGGUCCAGGGGUGAUGAAACCCUCACCGAAAACGUGAGUGAAAAUAAAACGAUGGAGUACAUCGGCGAGGAGGGGAUCCACGUAGUCGUCAGCACCGUGUCCGUCGAUAGAGCUACACCAAGGCACGCUGGAAACUACAGCUGUUCUGUCCCCGGACGGACCAAGUCAACCGUCGUGGUCCACGUGCUGAACGGUGAGCUUCCAGCCGCUGUUCACGACGGAAAUGGAGUUUCCCAUGCUGUCCUCAACCUAUGGUUGGUUCACCUUACCAUCAGCUACGUUUUCUCAAGAUGACAGUGUUAAGAGGACGGUGGCUAAUUCAUCAGCUACCCGGGUAGUCAAAGCAACGUACUUAAAUCGUUGGAUAGAUAUGGACUACUAAAGAAAAUUUCAGGUCUGUCCCAUCAUAUGUAGGUAUA